GUUCCCUUCUUCAUUCUACCGGAAAGGUUCAAGCAACCUCACUCACCUAUAAAAUCCACCGUUCAAGCUCCGACAAAUCUGAAAUAGAUGCACGUCACCAUGACCUCCGGCGGAAUGCCUUCCCUGCCUUCAUCGAUUUCGCCGCCUCCGGUGACUUUACCGCUCAGAAAUAUCCCCGGCAACUACGGUUUGCCGCUGUUAGGAUCCAUCGGUGACCGGCUUGAUUACUACUGGUUUCAAGGACCGGAUAAGUUCUUCAGGUCUCGGAUGGAGAAGAAUCGAAGCACAGUUUUCAGAACGAAUGUUCCUCCGUCUUUCCCUUUCUUCUUCACCGAUCCGAGAGUAAUUGCGGUUCUGGAUUGCAAGUUGUUUGCGCAUCUAUUCGACAUGGAAAUCGUGGAGAAGAAGAAUGUUCUGGUCGGCGAUUUCAUGCCGAGCACCAGUUUCACCGGAAAUAUGAGAGUCUGUGCAUAUUUGGAUACGUCGGAAUCUCAACACUCGAAGAUAAAGAACUUCAUUACGGAUAUUCUGCGGCGGAGCUCGAGGAUUUGGAUACCGGCGUUGGAAUCGAACCUGUCGACGAUGUGGGACGGCAUUGAAUCAGAAAUGGCAAAGAACAAAAAAUCCAGCUUUCGAAACUUUCUCCAACCAGCACUUUUCAAUUUCUUCUCCAAAACCCUCGCCGGAGCCGACACUGCAAAAUCACCGGAAGUGGCGAAAUCAGGCUACAUGGACGUCAUAAUCUGGCUGGGCCUCCAGCUUGGCCCCACCAUCCACAUCGGCGUUCUACAGCCCCUCGAAGAAAUAUUCCUCCACUCGUUCCGAUUACCCUUCUUCCCCAUUGCCUCCCGCUACCAAAGACUCUAUGAUUUCGUCCAAAAAGAAGGUACUCUCCCUCUCCCUCUCAAUCACAUGUGUAUAAGAGACAGGAGUAAAGAGAUGGACCUCAUCUACUCCGUCGUCUACGAGACACUCCGGCUCGACCCGCCGGUUCCGACCCAAUAUGCGAGAGCCAGAAAGGAUUUCAAACUAAGUUCCUACAAUUCAGCAUAUAACAUCAAGAAAGGGGAGCUGCUUUGUGGGUAUCAGCCGCUGGUGAUGAGAGACCCGAAGGUGUUCGAAGAACCGGAGGCGUUUAAGCCGGACCGGUUCCGGGGGGAGAAAGGGGCGGCGCUGCUAGAUUAUUUGUUUUGGUCGAACGGGCCGCAGACGGGGAUGCCGAGCGAGCAUAACAAGCAGUGCGCCGGGAAGGAUUUGGUGGUGCUGACGGCGGUGGUGUUUGUGGCAUACAUAUUUCGACGGUAUGAUUCGAUUGCAGGGGAGGGCGGUUCGAUUACAGCUUUCCAAAGGGCUAAUUGAAAAUGAAAAAAAAUAUAUGUAAAUUGAGAGUGGUGCACUUUUCUUGUUCUUGGCUUCUUUCGUAUGUAUGACUGUGAGGAGCCAAAAUGGGAAGAUUUGGUAAAAUAAAUCAAUAAAAUCAAUGAUUAACUAAAUUUUA